AUGAUUGUUCCGAUGGUGAAGAUGAAUUUGAAUGUGGUGAUUACCUACACUACACCUCAGUAUACAUGUGGCCCACAUGAAUUUACUUGUGAUAAUGGAUUGUGUAUUCCCGGAGGGAGGAACGGUAAUGUUUGUAAUGGCAUCAAUGACUGUGGAGAUGCGUCUGAUGAAGAGCACUGUGGGACCACACCGCAUCCACUUGAGACAACCACAGUGAUUGGUUGUCUUAUCAGCCAAUGGCAGUGCACCAACUCUUCUGAAUGCAUUGAAUCAUCCAAUCGAUGUGAUGGAAUGAUAGACUGCAGUGAUGCAUCCGAUGAGAUGUUUUGUGUCUACUACACAACAAGUCCACCCUUAACAACAACAACAGGGUCUCGGCCAAGCGUUCCUUACAUCUCAUCAACAUUCCAGCCAGUUAGUACCACAGCAACGGUCACUUCAACAGUCAGUCCACCAACUACUUCAGUUAAGCCACUGCCAGGUACAUCAACACCCAUACCACUAGAAAGUUCAACUGCUGAGCAGCAAACAACUAAUGCAGUGCUGACCGUUACAUCCCCUGGCUAUCCCAAAGAAACACCAUCACCCUCAACACCAUUGGUCACUCUCCCUGUGACUGAGCCAGUAACAGCCAUCCCGCCAAGUGUUGCCACACCACCUGAAGUUGAUGUAACUACACCUUACCUUUCAGAGUUGACAACUCCAUACAUACCGAGCGUAACAACACCACCAAUAACUACACCAUAUGUUGCUGAUGUGACCACACCUUAUUUUCCAGAAGUGACCACACCUUAUGUUCCUGGAGUGACCACACCUUAUGUGCCAGGAGUGACGACACCUUAUGUGCCAGCAGUAACGACACCUUAUGUUCCUGGAGUGACCACACCUUAUGUGCCAGGAGUGACCACACCCUAUGUGCCAGAAGUGACCACACCUUAUGUGCCAGGAUUGACCACACCCUAUGUGCCAGGAGUGACCACACCUUAUGUACCUGAAGUAACCACACCUUAUGUACCUGAGGUCACCACACCUUAUGUACCGGGAGUGACCACACCUUAUGUACCAGGGGUGACCACACCAUAUGUAAGAGUGACCACGCCAUAUUUGCCUGAAUUGACCACACCAAAUGUACCAGAAGUGACUACCCCGUAUGUACCAGGAGUAACCACACCUUAUGUACCUGAAGUAACCACACCUUAUGUACCUGAGGUCACCACACCUUAUGUGCCAGAAGUGACCACCCCAUAUGUGCCAGGAGUGACCACUCCAUACGUACCUGAAGUAACAACUUCUGCAGUAAAAAGAGUGACCACAACACCGUAUGUACCAGGAGUAACCACCACACCAUAUGUAGCAGGUGAGACCACCACACCAUAUAUUCCUGGAGUGACCACACCUUAUGCGCCAAGAGUGACCACACCAUAUAAGCCAGGAGUGACCACACCUUAUACUCAGUCAUCUACAACGGUAAAAGCCAUACCAGGUACAUCAACCCCAAUACCAUGGAUUUCAUCAACAGUUAAAUCCUCCACAACUGCAUCAAAGCUGAUCCCAACAUCACCUAAAGAAUUUUAUACGCAUUUUACAACACCGUAUGUACCUGAGGUGACCACACCUUAUGUGCCAGGAGUAACCACACCAUAUAUUCCAGGGGUGACCACUCCUUAUGUGUCUGGAGUAACCACACCAUAUAUUCCAGGGGUGACCACACCUUAUGUGCCAGGAGUGACCACACCUUAUGUUCCAAGGGUGACCACACCAUAUGUAAGAGUGACCACACCAUAUAUACCUGAAGUGACGACACCAUAUGUGCCUGAAGUGACCACACCAUAUGUACCAGGAGUGACCACUCCAUAUGUGCCAGAGGUGACCACUCCGUAUGUGCCUGAAGUGACCACUCCAUAUGUACCAGGAGUGACCACACCAUAUUUGCCUGAAGUGACCACACCAUAUAUACCUGAAGUAACCACACCUUAUGUGCCAGAAGUGACCACACCAUAUGUACCAGGAGUGACCACACCAUAUGUAAGAGAGACCACACCAUAUGUGCCUGAAAUAACCACACCAUAUGUACCGGAAGUGACCACCCCAUAUGUACCAGGUGUGACCACACCAUAUGUACCUGAAGUAACGACACCUUAUGUACCAGAAGUGACCACCUCAUAUGUGCCAGGAGUGACCACACCAUAUGAGUGA